CAGUCCCGGUGAGGAGCCGAGCAGAACCUACCGGUCCCGUCGGAUGGAUCUGCGGGUUUUUAACGUCUUUAAUUAAACGUGUCGUGUUUUACGUCACCAGCCGUUUUAGUUCUAACAUUAAUCUGUGAGCACGAGGACUUAACGGCUCUUUAAACACUGUUCUACCCGGUCCUGGGUCGGAACCUUCACCGGUCCGUCUCGCCCCGCCGACAUGUCUCCACCAACAGACGGCUAUUAGCUCGUCCCGGAGCGGGUCUGGGAUUCUCUGGGUCGCGGUUCUGAUCGUGUCCCGGACCACAGGAGCAGAAUGCUGACCCGGGUCAGUGUGGUUCUGCUGUCCGUGUUCUGCGUGCUGAGCCGGGCCCAGCGUCUGGACCAGGACAGCUGGACGGACCGGGUCGCGUUGACCGAUGGUGUGUGUCGCUAUGGCAACAGUGUGGAGUGUUGCUGGGGCUGGAGACAGAUGGACCGGGGACGCUGUCAACCUCACUGUCAGCAGGGCUGUAAACACGGCGAGUGUGUCGGACCGGACCGAUGCAAAUGUCACCCAGGAUACACCGGCAAGGCCUGUAACCAAGAUCUGAACGAGUGCGGCGUGAAGCCUCGGCCCUGUAAGCAUCGCUGCAUGAACACGCCGGGCAGCUACAAGUGUUACUGCGCUGACGGAUACGCAGCGCAGCCAGACGGCAGCUGCAGGAACGCUCGCACCUGUUUCCAUGCCAACUGUCAGUACGGCUGUCAGGUCAUGAAGGGGGCGGUCCGAUGCACCUGUCCGUCGCCGGGGUUACGGCUGGGUCCGGACAGACGCACCUGCAUCGACAUCGACGAGUGUGUGUCGGGCGGCGGUGUGUGUCCUCGUCGCAGGAAGUGUGUGAACACGUUCGGGAGCUUCAUGUGUAAAUGUCACCUGGGCUUCAAACUCACCUACAUCAACGGACGGUACACCUGCAUCGAUAAGGACACUCGGCCGUUCUGUUCUCUGAAUCCAGCCUCUCCAAAGUGCAGGUGUAAGGACGGCAGCUGUGCAGCUGUCGUCAGGGUCACUCUGGAGCCACAGAAGCCCAGAACUACAACUCCUACCACCACCACGACUCCCACCACCACCACGACUCCCACCACCACAACUCCCACCACCACCACAACUCCCACUACAACCACCACCACCACAACUCCCACUACAACCACCACCACCACAACUCCCACCACCACAACAACUCCCACCACCACCACAACUCCCACCACCACAACUCCCACCACCACAACUCCCACUACAACCACCACCCCCACAACUCCCACCACCACCACUCCCACUACAACCACCACCACCACAACUCCCACUACAACCACCACCACCACAACUCCCACUACAACCACCACCACAACUCCCACCACCACCCCAACAACUACAUCUACAGCUCUGACUACUACUUCUGCUGCUGCUACGACAGCUCAGGCAACGACCACAUCAACUACUGCUCUGAUCACAACCACAACAGCAUCAACAACCCCCCCAGCUACAACUACAUCCACUACACUACCUCCUACUACAAUUACAACACUGGCUACUACAACUGAACUGGAUACUACGACUGCGACUCCUCCUCCAGUGACUACUACCAUCACUACGACAGUGGAACCCACCACGGCCUCCCUGCUGACGACCACCGUGAACAACCGGAUCAACAAGGACGUGACGCAGAGACAGAGAGGAGACGUGCACAUCCCUCGACAGCCUGGUCACAACCAGGUGUGGGAGUUUGACAUCGAGCUGGGAAACACAGCCGAGGCCUCCAGAGACGAUCCUGACGUGGCUGAGCUCCACUGUGCCUUCGAUGGCGGUCUGUGUGACUGGCUGUCGGACAGAGAAGGAGACCUGCACUGGGAGGUCGUCCACGCCGCUGCAGGCGGGCGGUACCUGUCCGUCCCGGAGCUGAAGGCGGGGCAGAGGAGUAUCCGCGGUGCUCGACUGGCCGUUCAGAUAGUCCCGCCCUGGAGUCACGGCGACCUGUGUUUCUCCUUCUCCCAUUGGCUGACGGGGCAUCACGUGGGCGUGCUGCAGCUGUUUGUCAGGAAGAGAGGACGGGACCAACGAUACGGCUCCGCCCUCUGGAGCAGGACAGGUGGACACGGUUGGAGACAGACACAGGUUACCCUGAUGACGCACACAGUGGACAAGGUGUUGUUGAAGGCCGAGCGGAGGAAAGGACGACGAGGACAGAUCGCUGUUGAUGAUGUCACGCUGAGACGGGGGGCAUGUCGAUGACAUCACAGCUGCCGCUUCUCCUCUGAGUGAACUCACGACAUCAGUUUGUUCUGUUUAAGAGACGAGGAGAUGAUUUAGUUUUUGUGACGGAAGGAAGGAAACACACACCUGCUCUGUGUGUGCGUGUGAGUGCGUGUGUGUGUGUGACUGUGUUCUCCUGUCUUGUUUUUGUUCUUGUUUGUAAAUAGUUUUUCUAUGACUACAUGAUUAAUAUUGUCUCAUAAACCUGAUUAUAUACACAGUAAUGAUGUGUGUGUGUGUGUGUGUGUGUGUGUGUGUGUGUGUGUGUGGUCCUCUCCCUCUGUAGAUGAGUCGCUGACUAACUUGUCAGAACUUUUGUAAUGUUUUAAUGAAAGCUCUUGUUUGUCUUCUUCAUGUCGUCUUUUAAAGAAACAGAAGAAGAAGAGACUGCAGUACUCGA